AUGUCUUUAACAGUCGCAAAACCAUCCUCUCUCGCUUCCGCGAACUCUGCUCCGUCUGCGAAUAAAGCGACUCCCGUUGCUCUCGUGAAAGCGCCUCGGUUACAUCGUAAUCAAACAUCUGCAAUCGUAUCUUCUCUGAACGACGGAGCGCAAACAACAGCGAGAGGAAGAAGAAGACCAAGAGUGAAAGCCUUCGCUCGAAACCACGCCGUUGUCGUUCGAGCGUCGUCCUCCGAUGCAUCGUUUGAAAAAGAUAUCGACCCGGCGAAACUGUUGAUGGAACGCCAACAGUUUCUCUUCGUGGAUAUGAGAACUGAGAAAAUGUACGAGAAGGAACACAUCGUGAAACCACCGAGGCAAACCGUGAAUGUGCCUUACGACGGAACAGAUACGAUUGAACAGUUCACGGAGAAACUGAAAAAUAAAUACAUAAAUCCAUCCUCGGCGAAGUUAUUACUGGCGUGUGCGGAUGGAACGAUCGCGUGCCAAGUCGCGGAAAAGAUGCAGAAAGAGUUCGGGUACGAGCAAAUCUUCGGCGUUAAAGGAGGAUACGACGGGUGGAUGGUGAAAUGGACGCCGAGCGGAAGGAAACGACCGCCGAAAGGCAAGUUCGUCGCGACGGGGAGAGAGAGUUUGAAAAGCGGAUUGGAUUUGGACCCGGAGGUGGCGGCGACGUACGAGGAGAACUGGGGGAACCCCGAGGCGUCGUUCGCCGCGAAUUCGAAUCAGUUGAAGAAAGACGACUAG